AUGGAUUUCAGUGCUCAAAACCCUGCUACAUCGAAUCCACUAAAUCUUGCCUCUAGAAAAAAUGACGUCAAUAAUGUAGAGCGGUUGUUACAGACUUUAAAUCCAAACUGUGUAGAUAACCGGGGAUGGACUUGUCUCCACGAAGCUGCUUACCAUGAUAGCUAUGAAAGCAUAAUGUUGAUACUUAAGGCACCCCAAACUAGAGUACGGGCAGAAACUCAUGAAGGUCAUACAGCACUCUAUCUUGCCUGCAAAAAUAAUUGCUCACUCAAAACUAUAACGGCUUUAUUAGGCUCGGCAAAGAACAUAGCCAAUUAUGGUAGCACUGAAGGAGUAACACCAUUACAUAUUGCUAGUGCCCAGGGAAAUGUUCCAUUAAUAGAGUUAUUGUUAGAAUAUGGUGCAUUUAUAAAUGUGCAGGAUUUUGAUGGUGACACACCUUUACAUGAAGCUGCAUUAGCAGGCCAACAUGAAGCUAUAAUUACCUUGCUUUAUUCAGGUGCAGAUCCUGAAAUUAAAAAUACUCCAAAUGGUUUUACACCAUUUCACUUAGCAUGCUGUAAGGGCUACUACCCGAAUGUUGAGACUUUAUAUCCUUUUGUCUAUGAUAUUAAUGAAGAAACAAGUACAGGCGAUACUGCCUUACAUUAUGCAGUUCAUGGGGGAGCUGGUAUUAAUGUAGUAAACUUUUUAUUAGACCAUGGAGCUGAUCCUAAUAAAUUAAAUAAUCAAGAAGAAUUGCCUAUUGAUGCAGAUAGGUCUGAUGCAGAAGUUUUUAAAAAACUUUUUUCGGUAACUGAUAGAGAAAACCUAAGUGAAAAUAUUAUUAUUGAUGCUUGUUUACCACAUAAAUUUAAAUUUGAAAUAUUAGAAACUUUAUUAUACAGCGACUUGGAACCAGAUUUUUAUAAUCUUCUAACACCAUAUAACACAUCGAUUAACCGAGGUUUUCUUAAUAAUACAGAAUAUACCUCUCUUUCACCAGUUAAUCAUUUUUUGACCAUAUCUGCAUAUGUACAUGAGAAAUCACCUGAGAAAUUUAGAGAAUUUUUUUAUUUAUUCUUUAUGCGAGGUGCCAAUGUCAAUAUUGUUGAUGAAUUGGAGUGUCCUCCACUUGUAUAUGCACUAUAUGUUUUUCAUACCAGUCCACAACAACUUCCAUUUUUUAAAGAGGUGCUCGAUAUACUCAUACAAAUCGGUUGUGAUGUAGAUUUUAGCAGCACUGGAAAAUUCUUUUACAAGGAUGUUAACAUUCCUGAUGCAUUCCUCACAGCACUGGAUAUUUACCCGUUGUCUGCUCCAAUAAUGAUGCCUUACAGUCUGUAUAAUGAACCCGAGGAUUAUUUGCAGUUUGCAAUAGACACUGAUAGAAUGUUUUGGUUGCCAAUAGAAGUACAAAAGGAACUAUUGAUAAUGGUGGACAAGAAUUUCACACGCCCUGACGCACUUGAAAUUUAUGUGCCAUCUUUAAAACACCUUUGUAGAUAUACAAUUCGUAGCCAUUUCAGAAAAAUGAGAAACGAAGAAGGUUCGCCAAGAGAAUUCACCACCUCAACAUUUAUAAGAACAAUUAAUGAAUUACCUCUCCCAGCUGUUGUUAAGAAAUACUUAAGAUAUAUUAGCAAUUGA